AUGUUUGACUUUCUCCCAACCACGGCAGUCGAGCCGACAGUUCGUAGACGGAGACAAGUGAUUCCGACGGAAAACGAAGUUCGAAAUCGAUGUCCACUGAAAAUUGUUGCUGAUUACAAAUUUUUCUCGAUUGUAGGGAAGAACAACACAGCUCUCACAACACGUUACAUUGUAAAUAUGGUUGCCAGGGUGAAUGAGAUUUACACUGUUGUGAAUUGGGAUGAAGGCCAGGAAGAAACAGAACUGGAAAGAGGCAGGUUCGUUAAUAUGGGCUUCUCAAUCAAAGAGCUGAAGAUCUUAGACAAACCUUCCAAUCAACCAGGGCAUUACAAUUCUCGUGAUCUGAUAAAUAAUGGUGUAUGGAAUUCCAAUCGCCUCUUAGAGGCAUUCACUCGUGAGGAGGGUUCUCCUUCAUUUUGUUUGGUUCAUCUGCUUACUGCUCAGUCUUUCGCUGAUUCUGCUCAUAUUGGUUUGGCUUAUGUGGCAGACACUCGAGGAGGUCCAGGAGGGAUUUGUUCUGACUCAACUUUUGUAGGUUUCAUACUUAGUAAUUUCAUAGGGGAUAUUCGGGAGAAUGUCCAAGUGCUCCAGCUAUUCCAAAUGGUUCGCCCUGCAUUGAAGAAGGAGAAUGUCACGAUGGAGUUUGUCUUCCAUAUUGUGAGCGUAAGAACAUCGCCAAGAAGAGCUGUAUAUGCGAAGAAG